GUGCAGAACGGAGUUCCGGAAUGCUGGACCCGUGCUUGCGCCGGGACAGUGCGGAGGGUCGACAUUUGGGUGCGGAGCUGAGUCGGGGUGGACUUUGGGGAAGAUGGGUCAGGAGACUGGGGGACCAUGUCCUGGCGCCCCGAGUGGCGCCUGCUCCCCAGAACCACGCCCCCAAUUUCCCCGCCCCUCGGAUUUUGUUUUAGACCUCUCCCAGUCCUCCGGGACUGAGUCUGGUUUACACUGGGUCGCGCUAGGGACGGAGAGACUGGGGUGGAGAGAGGAUGUUUAACUCCUUAGGCUCUAUUCCCUUCUCCUUGACCCUCUCUCCCUUUCUCGUUCGGACAUCCAAGACUUUCAUCCCCCAGGCUCUAACUCUCUCCCCAAGCUGUGUCCUCCUGUCCCAUCACCCCUGUGGAUUCCUCGCCGCACUUCGGGUCCCUAAGGCAGCGAGCAGCUGAGGGUUAAGGGGGCGGAGCCGCUGCAUUUUUGGGGAGUGAGCGCAUCCUAGCGGCUGCCAAGAGGGGCGCCUGGCGGGGACCUCUCAAAAACCCCCAAGCAGGGGCAACAGGUGUUUUGGAAAUUAGGGGUCCCGAUCUUGUUCCUCGGACUCCCCACUAAAGCAGCAGAUCCGCGAGGGUGCGGGGUGGAAUGAGGUCCGCAGGAGAGGAAGACAGGUGAAGUAGAGAGAGAAAACUAAGAAAUCAGCGCAGCCGGAGGGGGCAUCUGUGUGGAUGGGAUGGGGACGCCAGGGGAGGGGCUGGGCCGCUGCUCCCAUGCCCUGAUCCGGGGGGUCCCGGAGAGCCUGGCGUCGGGGGAGGGUGCAGCAGCUGGCCUCCCAGCUCUGGACCUAGCCAAAGCUCAGAGGGAACAUGGGGUGCUGGGGGGUAAGCUGAGGCAGCGAUUGGGGCUGCAACUAGUAGAACUGCCUCCUGAAGAGUCGCUGCCGCUGGGACCGCUGCUCGGUGACACCGCCGUGAUCCAAGGGGAUACGGCUCUAAUCACGCGGCCCUGGAGCCCCGCCCGCAGGCCGGAGGUCGAUGGAGUGCGCAAAGCCCUCCAGGACCUGGGGCUCCGAAUUGUGGAGAUGGGGGACGAGAACGCAACGCUGGAUGGCACUGAUGUUCUGUUCACCGGCCGGGAGUUUUUCGUAGGCCUCUCCAAGUGGACCAAUCACCGAGGAGCUGAGAUCGUGGCGGACACGUUCCGGGACUUUGCCGUCUCCACGGUGCCCGUCACAAGCACCUCCCACCUGCGUGGCCUCUGCGGUAUGGGGGGACCCCGCACCGUGGUGGCGGGUUCCAGCGAGGCUGCCCAAAAAGCUGUCAGGGCAAUGGCAGUGUUGACUGAUCACCCCUAUGCCUCCCUGACCCUCCCGGAUGACGCAGCAGCUGACUGUCUCUUUCUGCGUCCUGGGCAGCCCGGCCUGCCCCCUUUCCUCCUGCACCGGGGAGGCGGGGACCUGCCCAACAGCCAAGAGGCACUGCAGAAGCUCUCUGACGUCACCCUCGUACCUGUGUCCUGUUCAGAACUGGAGAAGGCCGGCGCUGGGCUCAGUUCCCUCUGCCUGGUGCUCAGCACACGCCCCCACAACUGAGAGCCCAGCCUGCGGGUUCUGGCUGACCAGGGGUAGAAUGGCAUAGGAGUAGAAGGGGAAGGAAAGUUAGAGGAUGGUGAUUAGGCAGUAGUGGGGAGAGGGCCCCAUAUAGAGGAGGGCAGAGUGAGAAAAAGGACAGAGGCCACUGGGUGAGUCGUCUCCUCAAGAACUAAUAAAAUAGAACUGACCUUUUA